CUCCUGCUGCCCCUCGUCCUGCUCUGCUCAGGCGCCCUGAUCAUUGCUGCGCUCAGGCAGCCGGCAGCAGUGUCCGUCGCCCUUGGACAGACGGCCACCGUCACCUGCAAGGGAACAAUAGGUGAUGCUGCCUGGUACCAGCAGAAGCCAGGCCGGGCCCCUGUGCUGCUGGUUGAUGCAAGUGACAAAAGGGCCCCGGGCAUCCCUGAGCAGUUCUCUGGCUCCAGCUCGGGGAGCUCGGCCACUCUGACCAUCAGCAGGGCCCAGGCCGAGGACGAUGCCGAAUACCACUGUCAGUCACUCGACAUCAGUGAUGAUCCCACAGUGACACACGCUGACGGGGAAGACAUAAACGUCCCAGCUAGAGACAGGCUGGAAGGUCGCCACAGUCUCAUCAUCCAGGUGCUGCGGGCCAAACUCCUGGGGGACAUGCGAGGCCUCAAGGCCGACAAGCCCCACCGCACCCCUGAGACCCUGCAAUGCGCCCUGGUCACUGCCGAGCUGAGGCAGCCGGCGGCAGUGUCCGAGGCUUUUGGACAGACGGCCACCGUCACCUGCGAGGGAAUGUUUGGUGUUGAUUCGUGGUAUCAGCAGAAGUCGGGCCUGGCCCCUGUGCUGCUGGUUGAUGCAGACUGCGCAGACGUGGUCCUGAGGGCAAGUGGGGGCCAGGAGCUCUGA